CAAACUUUCAGCACUGACAGACGACAGUGAAUAUGCGAAAUGAAACGCAGCCAUUCUUGGAAGUCUAUAGGAUGCGUGACGUGAAUUAUAUAUUUUCAAUAUAGUGUAUUUCGAAACGUAUAUAUGCACACUAUCGUUCUCGACGGAUCGACCAACGAAACAAAGCAAAACAAAGCACGUUCAGUGUCCAGUCCUACCGCCUACGUGACCAUACGUGACCUACGUUUAAUAGCCGGUAGUAGCUAGUAGCCGGUGUCGAUUGUAUGUCGUGUUGAUUUUAUCAGAUACGCGGUUUUAUGCUGUUCAUCUCGAUUUACACGGUUUACGUAUCGUUUUUCACUGAAAAUUGCAAACAUGUUGGGUGCGACCACGACCAAUGUCGUUUCUGACUCGCAGGAAUCUGCAAUAAUAGACGAGGAAAUAUAUAAGGACAUAGAGGCCACGUUUGGAGGACAGCUUCCUAUGCCCGAUAUAAAUGAAGAUUUUGAAGAAAAAUAUAAUAUUAACCAGUCCAGUGCCGCAGGUGUACCUAUGGAAAAAAAGUUGAAGAUACAAAUCGACGAUUAUCAAUACGACAUAUAUGAAACCCAAUGUAGUGAUGAUCAAUUACAUUUCCAGUACACAUUUGGAGACGGUGGUGGACAGGAUUGGGUGUUUUCUCCAUCACUAAAUAAGGCGUAUAUUAAAAUGGAAAAAACCCUGCCAUUACGUUUCUCAUGGGAGCAGUGGAAAUCGAAUAUCUUUGGAAAAUUAUUUUUGCGUACAAGAUUAGCUUAUGUAUACGAACAACAUAAAAACGAUCCAGUAAAACGGUGCCCCAAUCAUGUUGCACCGACUAACUAUAUUAAUCAAAAUAUGUUACCAGAAAGGAUAAAACAUGUAGUCCACUGUGUUAAUCACGCCUCGAGUAUUUACGAAGAGGAAAAUGAACAUCUUUCGGUUUUAACGCCACUUUGUACACCUGAGGCCGGCUCGCAAUAUGUGCCAAUGUGCUUUAAGUUUUUUUGCAAAAAUAGCUGUACAUCCGGUAUGAAUCGUAGAGAGACUGAGCUAGUAUUCACGUUAGAGGAUGAAAGAAAGCAGGUUUUAGCACGUCAAACAUUGGGACUUAGGAUAUGUAGUUGUCCCAAACGCGACAAACAAAAAGGCGAGGCAGAUCUGGAACAAUCAAUAUCUGUCAAACGAGAGCUUGCUUUAACAUCAGGCAAAAAAAUAUCGUCCUGCGACACUCAUGUUUAUAAAGUCGUGCUAGAUGUUGUUGGUAAAGAAAAUUAUUUGUCGGUGUACAAACACGCAUAUGAUGUUAUGGCCGGUCAAGCGGCGAGAACCGGUCAGCAUGAAGUUUUCAAGCCGUAUAUGGAUGAAAUAUCGCGUAAAGUGCCUUUGAAUCAUUAAUGACUUUAAAUUUUAAAUUCUCUUUUUUUAUAUCACGUUUUUCAUUUUACAAAAAGAAAUAGAUUGUAAGUUUUAAUAGAUUAAAAAUCUUUUUGUCAUAAAUGUUUUGUUUAUUAAUUAAUUUUUAUUAAUUAGUUUUUCAUCUUAUAAGUAUGCAUGCCAUGUGAUUUUUAUUAAUUAGUCUUUCAUCUUAUAAGUAUGCAUAUCACAUGAUUUUACUAUACGAUUUAAAUAUUCAUGUUUAAUGUUUACUAACGAUUAAGUAUUAUGAAUACUAUUAAGUUAAUUAAGCUAAUAUCAAUACAUAUUAUCUCUUAAGUAAAC